AUGGAGCAAGACGAUCAAUCUCCGCCAGUCGAAGGGACCCCGACGUCAAGAGCCAAGGCCCGUUCAGAUCAUUUAAUGAAACGCGUGUCAAGAGCAUGUCUGCAUUGUAGACAGCGCAAGUCGAAAUGCGACCUGGAUAGCAGUGGCAGCCCGGGAGUCCCACCAUGUCAGCGGUGUAUCAGGGAUAACCGUGAAUGUGUCCUAGGCAGUUCCAAUCGAGGGGGACGGCGGAUUCGCAAGAAUAAAAUCAAAAAUUUCACACCAGACAGCAAUUCUUCUGUGCGAAGGGAUUCCGUCAUUGAGGCACCAAGCCCUUCCAAUUCAGAGACUCGUCAAACGACGUCUAGUUCUUACCCUGGUCCCGUUGUCUUCCUACCCCCUGAUCCGCCGACCGCAACUUCAAUCUCCGUUGAUGAUGAUGAAGACGAAGCUUCUAUCGGCGAUGUUCCCCGCAAUCCGUCUGAUGCCUGGCAGUGUCUGACGGGCAUUGCGAAGAGAGGUACAGAAGACCCGAGCGCCGAAACGGGCGUCGAACCUCUGCGUACAGGACCCAGUGCAUUCUCAUCAUACACGGCACUUCAAGACAGUUCUGUUACUGGGUUUCAGUCAAAUAGCGGCAUCAAAGCGUACAGGCUAGUGCAAUCACGCUCACUAGAUCCGGGAACGGUAUGGCAGUUAGUGGUUCGCUACGCUGAAAACUUCCAUCCGUACCUUCCUUUGGUGCCACGAAAGUACUUUGAUCGCAGUGCGCUAGAUGCAUUUGCUAAUAACGAGAAGCAUCUGCUUACUGCCGUCCUCACAAUUGCUUCGAAAGAUCUAGCCGAACGGCCGGAGAUCCACGAGUACUGUUCUAAGUACAUGCAUGAGCUGAUAUCUGGAAUUGCUGCUGGAGCCGAUUGCGAUGUUGAAGCUGUGGAGGCUCUUCUUAUUUUGGCGGAAUGGGAACCCCAAGGCCUCCGACCGCGCAUUGAACGUGUAGGCCGUGGAGAGGAAGAUCGAGCUGCCUGGAUGCAUGUAGGGCUCGCCUUGCGAUCUGGUUGGUUUCUUGGCCUAGACAGGACGUCAUUCAGAGGCGAUUCUUCUGGAGACGCGGAGACAGAAGCUCGUAGGCGGCUAGCAUGGACGAGCUGCUACGUAUCGGACCGAUUGAUAUCUGUUCGUAUUGGACGUGCUUUCUGGUCUCGCGGGCCGGGUCCGAUGACUGGCCUUGUCAGCCAAGACUUUCCAUCGUUGCAACCCGCUAGAGACGGUGAUGAGGAUUAUGCGAAGAUAUUUCAGGCUACCCUGGAUCUGACGCAACUUUACGGAAAUGUUCACGAUGUGCUCUAUUCUGGCAUGCGUACGAGCAAUCAAAUGAUGCUCAUGGGCGACUAUGUUAAGUACGUGGAUGAUUUUCGCCUUGCAAUCUUGCGAUGGAAGUCUAUCUGGGGUUCUCUGUCUUGUUCACCGCCAAUGAAAACCACGUUACAGCUGUCCUACGAAUACCUGAGGCUAUACACAAACGCUUUUGCCUUCCAGGCGGCAAUAUCCCAGUCGCUUGUGUCCAAGAUCAGGAACGAUGACAAGGCUCAAAGAGAUCAUCUGCGAGCAACGUUUAACAAUGUGGCCUCGAUGCAGGAUGCUCGGUUUAUCUAUGAAUCGGUCGAUGCCGCAAAAACAUACCUGACCAUCCUUGUUGAUGUGGUUCACCCAGAAAAGCAUCUUCAUUUUAUGCCGUUGAGGUAUUAUUUAUACGGGAUCUACGCAGCCGUAUUUCUGUACAAGGCACGCUCAUUCGGAGUAAUGUCUCACUUGGAGGAGCUGAAAGUGCGGGAUCUCGUGACGCGGACCACCGAAGUACUGAAGAGAGCAAGCGCUGGAUCUGAUGACAUAGGAUCGCGUUAUUCUCGACUCCUUGAACUCCUUUGGAAACAGAAGUCGAUGGCACCAACUUCACCAGCCGGAACCCAUCAAAGCGGUGAUGUCCUGAUGCAGAGUAACAGCGCAUUAUCGCACCAUUUGUCCGAUCAAAGUAGCUACGUGCACUUCAGCCCUGCGAAUGACUUCUCAUGGCUGGAUCUCGAAGCCGUCGGGGAUUACGUCUCUGGAGAUCAAAUAUCGGGAGCCAACACACUCGCAUUAGAUACCUUCCAGAACCAGGACAUCUUCCAAGCGGGACAAGAGCGAUCCCAGGCAUGGCAGGUUCCAUGGUCGGGCGACAUGAGCAGUAGCCUUCUCUUCUGA